UUGCUCACCCAAUUUCGUGUUGAAAAGAUACCAUUUUUAAUCGGUGGAUUGUGUUUGUGGGUUUGUGGGUGUCAUAUCUUGAAUCUACCCUGUUCAGGGUUUUUUCUUCAACGAAGCAAUAAGGAAGUGGGGUCCUAAAAAACGUCGCUCUCCUUCACCUUCUUCACAAUGUCGCACUGGGUUUCACUCAAACUCCUCAACAGAUUUCUCACCAACCAUACCCGUUGCAAUGGGUCCGCAUUCAACUGAUAUUUACACCCUUUGGAUUUACAUUGUGAAAUUCUUUUGAUGGCUACUCUUAAUCUUGGACCCUUCCAGGGUUGUGCUCGAGCUUCUUCUCUUUUGCUACAUGUUUCAGAUUUUGGGUCUGCUUCUACUGCCAAUUCCUUGAGCUUCAGGAAUGAUUUUAUCAAGCUCCGGAAAUGGGAAUCUUCCUCUUCCGUAGUUUUGCCUCCGAGAGCUAUUACUUCCGUUGAAGAUGAAACACCUGCUGUUGUCUCUUCUCAAAACAUUAUCAAUCGGACUCUGGAGGACCCUAAAGUUUCUCGUAAGGAUUUGAGUAUUCUUCCAAAACCCUUAUCUGCAACUGAUCUUCAUUCUCCAAAUGAUGGUUCCAAAGUUCGAGUUGCAUAUCAGGGUUUACCUGGAGCAUAUAGUGAGAUUGCUGCAUUGAAAGCAUAUCCGAAGUGUGAGACUGUCCCAUGUGAUGAUUUUGAAGCUGCAUUUAAGGCAGUUGAGUUGUGGAUUGUCGACAAGGCUGUUCUUCCAAUUGAGAACUCUGUUGGUGGAAGCAUUCAUCGAAAUUACGAUUUACUCCUUCGGCAUAGGUUGCACAUUGCAGGGGAAGUGCAGUUGCAAGUUAACCUUUGCCUCUUGGGAUUGCAAGGUGUGAGGAAGGAGGAGCUGAAAAAUGUUUUGAGCCAUCCCCAUGCUUUUGAACAAUGUGAGAUGACACUGAGCACAUUAGGUGUUAUGAGGAUUAGUAUCGAAGACACUGCCGCAGCUGCUCAGAUGGUGGCAUCAGGUGGUGAAAGAGAUACUGGAGCAAUCGCAAGUGCUCGAGCUGCAGAAAUUUAUGGGCUAAAUAUUCUUGCAGAUAAUGUCCAGGAUAACGAUAAUAACAUAACUCGUUUUCUGAUUCUUGCAAGAGAACCUGUUAUUCCAGGAACAGAUAAGCUUUACAAGACAAGCAUUGUCUUUACUCUUGAGGAAGGCCCCGGUGUUCUAUUUAAAGCCUUGGCAGUCUUUGCUUUGCGAGAGAUUAAUUUGACAAAGAUAGAGAGUCGUCCACAAAGACAGCGUCCUCUGAGGGUCGUUGAUGAUUCCAAUGAAGGGAGAGCAAAAUAUUUUGAUUAUCUCUUUUACAUAGACUUUGAAGCUUCAAUGAUGGAACCCCGAGCUCAAUGUGCUAUGGCACAUCUACAGGAAUUUUCACGGUUUCUUCGUGUUCUUGGAUGUUAUCCAGUUGACAAAGUUUGAUUCCUCAUUAUCUUAGAAGGAGAAUAGUGUGUUCUUUCUUUCUUAUGCACAUCAAUCUGGCAUUAAAUUGCCAGAUUCAGGUUUUAGGAUAAAUGAGAAGUCAUUUGCUACAAUUACCAAGUACAUAAGUUUUUCUUUCUUUUUUAACAGGAUCCUUCCCUUGCAUUCUCACUUCAUCAUUCUUUUAACAGCUUCCAUAGUUUAUAGGAAGACUUGUAUGUGUAUAACUUGGACCAAUUGUUGGUGGAGGAACUAAGUUUUUUCUUCUGUUAAGGAUUUCACCUAAUAAAAUGAUACUGCUGGCUUGUCCCAGAAGAGAGGAAAAUGCAAUUU